GUCCCCAUGAGGAAACAAGCUUAUAAAUCAAACAGAAUGAUGUUUAUUGAAAAUGUGAAGUAGCAGAAGGGUUUCUGUGAUGGUUGGGGUUAGGGAAUGGGGUAGGUAAGGGGAAUAGAAUAUACAGUUUGUACAGUAUAAAAUGCAUUACGUCUAUGAAAUGUCCCCACAAAACAUGGAAACCAGAAUGUGUGUGUGUGUGUGUGUGUGUGUGUGUGUGUGUGUGUGUGUGUGUGUGUGUGUGUGUGUGUGUGUGUGUGUGUGUGUGUGUGUGUGUGUGUGUGUGUGUGUGUGUGUGUGUGUGUGUGUUACAAAUACAAAGCAAAAAAUGGUUAAGACCAUUUUAUAUGUACAUUCAUUUUUAGAUAAUUUUUGAUAUAGGCCUAUUUGUAUAGUUCUCAAAAGGAAAAAGAGUUAUUAUAUUAAAAUGGGGUGUUGUCUAAAUACCUCUGUACUGUAUAAAGCCUGAGGUACUACAGUAAAGCUGUCACUUAUCAGCUGUCAGAUCAUGAGGAUGAGGUUUAACACAGUUUUGUGUGUUGCUGGCGUCUUACUUCUCAAUCUAGCAGGCUCUUUUUGUCAGCUAGAUGUUUGUGGUCGAGCCCCCUUUAACACAAAGAUUAUUGGAGGGGGCAAUGCAACAGCAGGGUCUUGGCCCUGGCACGUGGGCAUUACCUUACCUGGAAUACCAAUUUUUCUGUGUGAUGGGAGUCUCAUUAAUAAAGACUGGGUUUUGUCAUCAGCUACCUGCAUCAAUAAGAUGCACACAUCAGUAGAUCAGAUUGUGAUCUACUUGGGACGUCGGAGCCAGUUUGAGCCAGACCCACAUCAGAUAAACAGAACAGUAAUUAGUAUCAUCAAUCAUCCUGACUAUAACCCAGUCACUGAAGACAAUAACAUAGCGCUGGCUCAGCUCUCAUCUUCUGUGGAUUUCACCGAUUAUAUUCGACCGGUCUGUCUGGCUGCUGCUGGUAGUGUACUUGAUGAAGGACUUUCAAGUUGGGUCACAGGAUGGGGGUAUAAUGAAUACUUGAGAUUUUCUAACAUACUGCAGGAGGUGGAGAUUCCAAUUGUGAGCAUCCAGAACUGCAGUAUUGCCUAUAAUGGAAGUGUUAAUAUCACAGACAACAUGAUGUGUGCUGGACGGUUAAAUGAUGUUUUUAAAGGUCCAUGUCUGUAUGAUGAUGGAGGACCACUGGUCAGUAAACAGGGAUUACAGUGGAUUCAGACUGGAAUUACCAUUGUGAGUGAUGCAUGUUUCUUCAAAAACAUUACCAGUGUGUUCACCCGAGUCUCUCAAUAUCAGGACUGGAUCAACUCUCACAUAUCCAACGAAAAGCCUGGAUUUGUUACAGUCCCCUAUUCCACUCCCACUCCUUAUACCAUUCCCACCCCUGAUCCCAUUCCCACUCCUGAUCCCUGUCCUUACAUUCCUGAUAUCUUCAGUGAAAGUUCACCCAGUCUUCAGUUAUUUCCUCUUUCCCUCACAUUCUCCAUCUUCUCUCUCAUCUUCUGUCUCUUUAUUUAAAGAUUGAGUUAUAAACAUUGGUUGUGGUUUUUUGAUGAAGAUAAACUAUAGAUAAGGACAAGAGCAGAUUGAUUUGAUUUUAGUUUGUUUUAUUUUAUUUUAAUGGAAACUUUGUGGUUAGAAUUCUGGGUUUAUCAAGAUGUGUAUCAUAAGAAAAUACUGACUCGUGUAUUUGAUACGUGAUCUGAAUUUAAGUAACAACUCUGUAGCUGCUUUUAAGAAAACCCAUUUCUUCUGCCAUUACCUGAUCUUCUAAUAUAGGACUUACAAUCUUUCAUUAUUUUCCUUUUUUCUUUAUCUGUACAUUCUUACAAAACAACCUAAU